AUGGAUAUCGCCACUUGCGUUUCGAACACUCUAGCAUUCGUCUCCCUCUCGGUCUCCAUCAACCGGCUCUGGAUCUGCGUUCGGAAGGCGGCGUCGGACCUGGCCUGCUCGCAGUUGAGCAGCUCCGUCAGGCUGCGCUUGAUGGCCUCGUUGACGUCAAACAGCCGGCGCUCGUCCUCGCCAAACAGACACAUCUCGUCGCCGUCGGGUACCGUCUCGAGCGGGCCCGCCGACAUGAUGUGCUGGAUCGGCGAGGCGGCACCGCCCACCGUCGACGAGCGCUUGCUGCUGCUGUGGUAG